AUGAAACUAACAACCCACCUCCCAACAUCAACCCGCACCAGCCUUCAACGCGCAACAACGCACCACUUUCUCCGUCUUGCCGGAGCCGGCCAAGUCCCCAAGCCCCUGCUAUCGCAAUGGCUCUCACAAGACCGUCUCUACGCACAGUCCUACGUCCGAUUCAUUGGCGGCCUCCUCGCGAAGAUCCAGCUACCCCGAACACCCUCCGAUCCGUCAAACCCAUCUAUCCACGAGAGGAUCCUGACCGUCCUCAUCGAUGCGAUUACGAACAUACAGACCGAAUUGGGCUUCUUUGAGAAGAGCGCAGAUGAGUUUGGAUUGGAAUUGAAUGCCCCGCUCGCCGAGGCUGGGAAAGAAGGCGAAGACGCACCGGGGAAAUUCACCACAGCCCCAAUAACGCAAUCCUACAUUGACAUGUUCAUGUCCGCCUCCAGUCCCGGGACAAGUCUCCUCGAGGGCCUUGUGGUCCUCUGGGCGACGGAGACUUGCUAUUUGCGCGCCUGGAGGUUUGCGGCUAGUUUCCAAGUGGGAAGUGAGAAACGGGAUGGGAGAGCAGAUGCAGAUGGGGGUGCGCUGAGGACGAGGUUUAUCCCAAACUGGAGCAGUCAAGAGUUUGAGGCCUUUGUUGAUCGCAUUGGAACUGUGCUUGAUGAGUUUGCGCAAGGGGAGUUGGGAAAUCUUGGUGAGGAUGCGCUUGCGAAGUGUGAGAGGUGGUGGGGGCAGGUUGUCUGGUUGGAGGAGAGGUUCUGGCCCGAUGUUAGCGAGUAG